AUGUCCGUCGCAUUGCCGCCCAGAGGCCCCAGCGACGGCCCUCGCCCAGAAAUUGGCGACACCCUGGUUGUUAUCCAUGACUUUCAUGCUCGUAGCUCGGAUGAGCUCAGUCUCGGUAAAGGCGACAGAGUUGAGCUGAUUGAGCGCGAUGACGAAUUCGGCGACGGGUGGUUCCUCGGACGUCACCUGCUCAAUGGCAACACAGGACUGUUCCCCGAAGUGUACACUCGACCGGCUCCAAGGAAUGUCCCCGGAUCUUUGCCUGCUGCGCCCAGCGAAACACCAACCCUGCCCACUGUCGCUGCCAGUGUCCCGACGACGACUCCGCCAACGACGAGUAGUGCCAACGAUACCCCUGCGCCCUCAAGCACCAGAGAAACCGACGCCGCGUCCAUCUCACUCUCGAUUCCUACCUUGUCCGAAGCUUCUCUCGUCGAAAGUGCACCAAGUCAGAGAGGCGAUGCUUCACCUGCCGUGCCUCCACCCACUUUACCUCUUCCUCAGCAAGCAUCUGCCCACGACAGCCGCGUACUCAGCGAGACUCUCAAUGUCAUUGACGAACAUAUCACACGUCUGAGGUCCCCUCUCAGUACUGGCAGCAACCUGCGAAACCACGGGAAUGACUCCGGCUCCGAGUACAGUGUCCCGCUAGAUCAUCGCAUGUCCUACAUUCGUGGUGAGGAAACUGAUGAGGAAGAGGAUUUUUCCCACACGAGACAAGAAGUACAAGGUUGGUCUGCCGACCAGGUAGCUGAGUACCUCUUUGAAUCCGGGGUCGAGAAACAGCACUGCGAGGUGUUUCGCGACCAAGAGAUUAGUGGCGAAGUUUUAUUGGGCAUGGACCAGAGCUCCCUUUUUAUCAAGGCCUUUGAUCUCGGCUCUGUUGGUCGUAGACUUAAGACCUGGCACAAAAUCAAGGCUCUUCAAGACGAAGUGGCCAACAACGACACUGCCGUCAAGCGCGGCACCCACUAUGGCAGCGAGGCCGGCUCCGAAGGCACUGGAAGGCGCAGAAGCCGCACCAACACAGUCACGACAAGCGGUUCCAAUAGACCGUCGUCCCUCUCGACUCGUCACCUCUCCCAGGCUCCCAAGGCCUCUCCCACCACCCAGUUGACGCCUGCAUCACCGCAAAAGAUGGCUGAUAGCCGACCAGGCCAUGCAAAGCGUCCGUCAGCCGCUUCAAUCCGAGAAAUGCACCACUCUAGACGGCACUCCUCCACUGACUUUCGCAUUGGAUCCCCCGGCCUACCCUCGCCGUCUCUGCAGCCUCUGUCUCCUGUGGAGGGCCACAGAAAACAGCCCUCAUUCGAUCGGAACUGGACACUUGGCAAUGCUUUCGGCCAGCCUGGAACUCGCCCUCUCUCAUCUGCCGGUCUGCAAGAUCUAAUACCAUCUGAGAAAGCUCAAGACUCUGCUGUAGACCUCGACAGAGGGUACUUUUCCGGCACUGACGCUGAGGGCAGACGGCGAAACGUGCUUAAGAAGCGCGAGAGCAUCGCCCACUCGCGUCAGUCCAGCUACGCAGAAGAGCAGAGAGUUCGCAGCGCUACUGCGCUUUCUAGACACUCGCGCUUUGGUAGCGUCGACUCGUAUCGCGAUGGACCAUCUACUGCUGCUCAAAAGUACUACGGCAUUCAACCUGCUGCCCACGGCAGAAGUGCGUCGACAAACACCACCGAAUCGAUACGUCCUCUGCCCCCUCUGAAAGAUAAUGUUCCUCCGCCUGUUACCAAACUGGACUCGAAUCGCGCGCAGCCCUCGCCGAAGCAGCAUGGAUUCAAUUCGGAUUGGUUGUCGAACGUUGUGAACCGUCCAAGCCAGAAGUCAAGUCGCAGUGGCAUGCGCGCCAUUUCCGAGAAGCUCACCUCGGAGCGCCGUGCAUCGCCGUCCGAUUCCUCUCCCAAGGACAGCGCAUCAUUUUCGCCUGCGACUGGACAGAGCACGCCUUCUGCAGCGCAGAGCAUGGAGCUGGACUCACCCGAAGUUACAAGUCCGAACAGCGCAGCUACUGCCCCGAUCAAGGGGAAAAAGAAGGGCAAGAAGGGAACCAGUGCAUAUACGCGCGGAUUAUUAAAGAUUGGUCCAGCAGAGGCCAAAGUCGGCGCAGAGUAUUUCGGGUGGAUGAAGAAGAAGAGCUCGCAUCUGAUGACCACCUGGAAACCACGAUUUUUCGUCCUUAAGGGUCGUCGCCUGUCAUACUACUACUCCGAAGACGAUACGGAAGAAAAGGGCCUCAUCGACAUUUCAUUCCAUCGCGUGCUACCGGCCGACAAUGACCGACUCACGGGCCUUCACGCCACCAUUACCAACGCCGUCGGCGGACCGUCUAUGCCGAACACCUCCAUGUCUCCCGACGUGGAAAAGUCAAACGAGCCGGUCUUCAUCUUCAAGCUGAUGCCACCCCGUGCCGGCCUGUCGCGCGCCGUCAACUUUACCAAGCCCAUGGUGCACUACUUUGCCGUGCCCAACGUGGAGCAGGGCCGGCUCUGGAUGGCGGCCAUGAUGAAGGCGACGAUUGACCGCGACGACACGGCGCCCAUCACCACGACGUACCAGCAAAAGACGAUUUCGCUCAACAAGGCCAAGCAGAUGCGCCACCGCCCGCCCGCGCUCAUGAACCUCGACGAGAUGGCCGACGAGGAGAAAAAGGCCGAGGGCCAUACUGGGCAGAACGGGCACAAUAGCCUCGGCAUCUUUGCAGAGACGGACAGCGGCGUGUCGGGCUUGGAUAAGGUCAAGUCCAACGGCGUGCCGGCCGAGAAGGACACUGCUGGUGCUAGUGCCGGCGCAGGCGCUGUUGUUCCGCAGAGCGCCUAG